AUGAGGGACACAUACUCUGUGUCGUCUGAUGAUGAGAGUGACUUUGAAGACAGCCUGCAACCUAAUGUGAAGAAGAGAACUGCGAAACAACCACUCAGAAUAACUCCUAUGCCAAAACAUCGAAAGAAGGGGUUCCAGACGGAAUGUUGUAAUGGCCAGAAAGAGGCAGCACAGCCAUUAGCCAAUGAUCUCUUUGAUGCUGUGAAAGCUGCCAGAAGUGACAUGCAGCAGGGGGAAGUGCGUCUAAAGUGCCUGAAGGCUCUAAAAGGGUUGUACAGCAACCGGGAGCUGAUUGCACGUCUAGAGCUCUUUACCAGUCGCUUUAAGGACCGAAUGGUGGCCAUGGCCAUGGACAAAGAGUACGAUGUGGCAGUGGAGGCCAUCAGGCUUCUGACCGUUAUCCUGAAGAACACAGAGGGAGUUCUGACUAAUGCAGACUGUGAGAUCAUUUACCCCAUCGUGUAUGCUUCCAACCGGGUCCUGUCCUCUGCUGCAGGAGAAUUUCUGUAUUGGAAGCUCCUCUGUCCUGAGAGUGAGGCAAGAGUGGGAGGUGGAAGAGAGCAGGAGCGAUACCGGAGUCUACAUGCCCAGAGGAGUUUUUUCUACCUUCUGAUGGCCUUCUUCAUGAAGAGUGAGCUCCAUGAACAUGCUGCUUACUUAGUAGACAGCCUAUGGGACUGUGCAGGGUUUCGGCUGAAGGACUGGGAGAAUCUGGCAGGCAUGCUACUGGAGAAGGACCAGAACUUGAGCAAUGUAGAGGAGAGGACACUGAUAGAAAUCCUUGUGUCCAGUGCCCGGCAAGCUGCAGAGAUUCAGCCUCCUGUAGGACGAGUCACUGGGAAAAAGGGCCUAACUGCUAAGGAACGUAAGCUCCAAGCCAAUGACAAGGCAAAGCUAUCAGAGCAGCUCAUUCCCUUGCUACCCCAGCUCCUGACAAAGUUCUCAGCAGAUGCAGAGAAAGUUGCUCCCCUACUCCAGCUUCUCAACUACUUUGACCUCAGUAUCUACUGUACUGGGCGCUUAGAGAAGCACCUGGAACUGCUUCUGCAGCAACUUCAGGAGGUGGUAGUAAAGCACGUGGAUCCAGCAGUACUAGAGGCUGGUGCACACGCCCUCCAUCUGCUUCGCAAGCCUGAGUUCACCUUUUUCAACCGUGUGGACUUCACCCUUAGCCAACUAAUGGAACUGCUCACUGGCCACUUCAAGCAGGAUCUCAAUGAGCUGCUGCAGUCAUCCUUCCUUGAUGAAGACGAGAUAUACAGUCUGGCAACCACAAUGAAGCGCCUUUCUGCCUUCUACACUGCUCAUGACCUGACUCGAUGGGAGCUCUAUGAGCCAUGCUGCAGACUCCUCCGAAAGGCUGUUGAUACAGGAGAUGUUCCUCAUCAGGUCGUCCAGCCAGCCUUGACUCUUGUAUAUUUUUCCAUUCUAUGGACAGUAGCCCACUUCAUUGAGUCAGCUGCUUCUAAGAAUCAGCUGUUGAGUCUGAAGGACAGGAUGACGGCCUUCUGCGAACUCUGUCAGAGCUGCCUCUCUGAUGUGGAUCCGAAGAUACAGGAGAAGGCUUUUAUUGUGUUAAGUGAUCUGCUUAUCAUCUUCAGUCCUCAGAUGACAGUAGAGGGACGAGAGUUCCUUCAGCCCCUUGUGUUUUCUCCAGAAGCUGCUCUCCAGUCUGAGCUAGCCAGCUUUCUCAUGGACCAUGUCUUCCUCCAGUCUGAAGACAUGAGCAGUGGUCACUCCUACUUUGAGGAUGAUGAACAAAUAGAGCAGCUGCACCACCGGCGCCGCCUCCUCUCUGGGUUUUGCAAACUACUGCUCUAUGGAGUGCUAGAACUGGAUGCAGCCUCAGAUGUUUUCAAACACUACCACAAGUUCUACAGGGACUAUGGUGACAUUAUAAAGGAAACAUUGACAAGAGCAAGGCAGAUUGACCGAAGUCAUUGUUCCCGAAUCCUGCUGCUAAGCCUCAAGCAGCUGUACACAGAAUUGCUGCAGGAGCAGGGGUCCCAGGGCCUGAGUGAGCAGCCAGCCUUCAUGGAGAUGAGAGACCUCGCCCGGAGGUUUGCCUUGAGCUUUGGACCCCACCAGAUUCAAAACCGAGAUGUUGUGGUCAAGCUUCACAAGGAAGGCAUCAAGUUCUCCUUGUCUGAGCUUCCUCCAGCUGGCUCCUCGGGGGAACCCCCCAAUCUGGCAUUCCUGGAACUCCUUUCAGAAUUCUCUCCUCGCCUCUUCUAUCAGGACAAGCCACUCAUACUCUCCUACCUGGACAAGUGUCUACAGCAGGUCUCCCAGAUACCAAGCCCUCCGUGGGGUCCAGUGACCACCUACUGCCAUUCACUCAGCCCUGUGGAGAACACAGCACAGGGCAGCCCACAGAAUCGCCUCCAAUCCAAGACAAGUCACAUUAGAGGUAGGGGCACAUCCUCCACGCCCUCUACCUCCUCCAUAUCCUCCACAUCCUCAUCCCAGGAGGAGAGCCUGCAGCUGAGCAGUGUCCCGCCCACACCCACCCUCACUUCCACGGUGCUGAGAAACAGGCAGCCGCUGGUGACAGUGGGCAAGAAGGAAGAAGAAGAUGGCUCAAGACUGGAGUUUGUCUACCGCCUGCCCCUCUCAAGAACCCAACAAUCAAGGCACUCAGGUGCACUGUAUUUUGGAGUUCCACCAGCCCUUCCAAGUCCUGGUCAGGACAGCCCAUUGACUUGUCUCCGCCUGAUGGAAGAGGAUGAGGAAGAACUAGGAAUCCUGAAUGAAUCAAGUGAGGAGUGGCAAGAUGCAGACAAGGAGCCUGGAAGCCCCUCCUCCCUCAGCGAGCAUGGUCUGGAUCUCCUAGACACCACAGAGCUCAGCAUUGAGGACAUAAGCACUUGGAAAAGAUGAACAAGAAGAAGGAGCACAAUGAAACAUGGUUUCAGUCCCAGCCCUGAGAGGAAGGAGGGGCCGCCCUGCCUUUCUGGCCUCCCUUUCUCUCCUGGUGGCUGGUAGAAAAGCCAUGAGCACCUGGCCUCCCCUCUGCCUGCUUUCUGCUGUUUG